AUGCCCCCCUUCACUCUCACUGAAUCCCACGUCCGCUCGCUCCUCGCGCCUGGUGUCGAGAAGCCCGGCGACGUAUCCCUAACGGCUUUCGCUCCCGGUAGUCCCUUCAUGAAGGCUCUCGAUCCCAAUUUACGCUGGGUCAUCACGGACGCCGAGGGAGAAUGCAUCCCGGGCGUAAGAUCAGAGGGAGUCUACAACCUCGCGCAAUGGGAACAGAAGGUCCGCGACCCUCUCCUGGCCUGCCUCGCUGGACCCAUUGGUCUGCGGACAGACAGUGUAUAUAUUGCUGGCAAUGUCGCCAUCGCAGAAACCGCAGGCAGCUGCGCACAGAAGAAUGGUCAGCCCUACAACAACAAAUACGCUUGGUUCCUGUUGUUCUCGCCCGAAGGAAAGAUCGUCGAGAUCCAUGAGUACCUCAACACGGCCUUGCUUGAGCGUGUCCUUGCAGGGAACAAGGCGUAA